AGUGCAAUCAUAUCAAACAUAAAAACCAAAUUAAUCCAAGGUCAUGAUUAAUUUGGUUUUUUUCUAUCAUUAAUAAAGAAGUGCAAUCAUUCUCACAUUCAUAUUCAAUUUUUUAUACAAACAUGGCCCUAAAUUAUUCCACCUCCCAUCUUUUAUGUAAAGGAACAACUGCCAUAAUUUCAAGAUGUUUUAGUUUACACAAAUUGCCAGAAACUCAUAAGAUACUUCAAAAGACUUGUAGGGAUUUUGCAGAAAAGGAACUUAAGCCCAUAGCUUCUCUAUUAGAUAGAGAGCAUAAAUUUCCAGAAAAGCAAAUCAAGAAAUUAGCUGAACUAGGUAUUCUAGGUAUAUGUGUAUCUAAAGAAUAUGGAGGUUCUGGUUAUGAUGGUCUAGGUAUGGCUGUAGCUGUUGAAGAAAUAUCCAAAGGAUGUGCUGGUACAGGAGCAAUAGUUUCAAUCCAUAACUGUUUAUAUGCCAGUCUGGUGGACAGAUUAGGGACUCCAGAUCAGAAAGAGCAAUAUUUAAGAGCUUUUACUAAAGGAACAUUGGGAUGUUUUGCACUAAGUGAGCCAGAUGCUGGAAGUGAUGUAGGAGCAAUGUCAUGCACAGCAGAUAAGGAUGGAGACCAUUAUAUAUUGAAUGGAAAUAAAUCAUGGGUAACAAGUGGUUUACAAGGAAAGGCUGCUGUUGUAUUUGCUACUGUAGAUAAAGCAUUAAAACACAAAGGUAUUACAGCAUUUAUAGUUCCUAUCCCAAGCCAAGGACUGACAUUAGGCAAAAAAGAAGAUAAAUUAGGCAUUAGAGCAUCCUCAACAUGUAAUUUAAUUUUGGAAGAUGUUAAAGUACCCAAAGAAAAUAUUUUAGGUUCUAUUGGUGGCGGUUUCAGAAUUGCAAUGGAACAACUGGACAGAGCUCGAGUUGGAAUUGCAGCUCAGGCUGUUGGAAUUGGACAAGCUGCUCUGGACUUGGCUGCAUGUUAUUCGCUGCAGAGGAAAGCUUUCGGGAAGACAAUUAGCGAAUUAGAUGCUGUGAAGUUGCGCCUGGGAGAGAUGGCUCUUCGCUUGGAAUCAGCAAGACUUCUGGUGUGGAAAGCAGCAGUGCUUUGUGAUGAUCCUUCCAGAACCACCAAAGAAACUUCGAUGGCCAAACUAGCUGCUAGCGAAGCUGCCACUUUCAUAACUCACGGUGCUAUCCAAGUUCUCGGCGGGAUGGGAUAUGUGUCGGAUAUGCCAGCUGAGAGACAUUACAGAGAUGCCAGAAUCACUGAGAUAUACGGAGGUGUUAACGAUAUUCAUAGAAUGUUGGUGGGGAGCUCAGUGGUUAAAGAAUACGAAGUUAUACAAUAAUAUUUUGCUUAUAUACAAAUCUGAAAUUUAUUAAAUUUAUUUUUGUUAUGGAUUGAUGUUAUUUGUUAUAGAAUAUAUUUUUAAUAAUU